AGAAGGAAUUGAUUUUGUGAAGCAAUCGAUUGAGAACCAGGAAAUGGUUGAUAAAAUUAAGAAAAUUACUGUAGAUGUUGUUAAGGAGUCCCCUGAGGCAGCAUCUCAGAUUGUGAAUGAUAAGAUUUUUGUUGAAAAGGUGAAGGAAAUGGGGACAGAUGUUCUUGUCAACAGUGUUAUUACUCUAGGUAAGAACGAUGAGUUUGUCAAGAACCUGAAAAGUGGAUCGAAAGAUUUUGUAAAGCAGACGAUGUCCGAUGAGCAAGUUAGGAAAUACGCAACUGAGAUUCUAAAUGAAGGUUUAGCUGUCCCUCUCGGGAAAAGCAUUCAAGGGCCAUUUUAUACCAUUGCAGCCAUUUACGGUCUCAAAUCAUUGCACGCCAUCAUGAAGAUAAAGUAGAUAGUUGGAAACUGAUUUGAAGUGCAGGAAUCGUGAGGCAGAAUUCUUCACUUUUUGGUGUAUAUAUGAUUCUAGGUUAGACUGACCAUGCCAUUUUGCAGGGAUAAACUUUGA